GAGAUGAUCUCUGUGGAGAGAAAAUACACACCGUAAAUACACCACUAGACAAUCUGGUGCAGCAACCCCCAGCCCUGCGUUACAUCAGACCAAGGAUCAUGCAGACACGUAUUUGACCCCGUCACCAGGCAGCCUGGUGUGGCUCCUCCAGAGCUCCCAGAACGUCUUACCAUGGAUGUGAGUGCUAUCCCAACAGAGUUCUCUCAAUCUGACCUACUUCCCGGGUCCAGCACCUUGCCUAGGAUGUCACAGCAAGACUGGGCUGCAGAGCAACGAAAUGAUCUUACAAUCAGCAGAGUCAUAGACAUUGUAAACACAGGAAAAUGUCCUACUUACCGUGUUCGUCAGAAGGAAACCCGAGAAGUGCAGCUCAUGUUGAAGUUGAUGAAUCAGUUGGUACUAAACAAUGGCGUUUUGUACAGAAAACGUAUGAACAGGGGUGAGCUUGUAUAUCAGCUUGUCCUUCCCUCAAAGUACAGAGAAAUGGCACUCGAAGGUCUUCACGACACUGUAGGUCACAUGGGAUUGGACAGAACAUUAGAUCUUGUUCGCACACGGUUCUACUGGCCAAGGAUGUUCAUAGAUGUUGAAAAGAAAGUAAGAACCUGUGAAAGAUGUGUUCGUCGCAAAGCCAGAGCUGAAAAAACUGCCCCCCUUGUGAACAUCCACACCAGUCGACCACUUGAAUUAAUCUGCAUUGACUACUUGUCAUUGGAACCUGACGGUCGUGGGACAAAAAACAUCUUAGUCAUAACAGACCACUUCACCAAAUAUGCUAUCGCUGUUCCAACUGCAGACCAAAAAGCAAAGACAGUAGCUAAGACCCUGUGGAACAGUUUCUUUGUCCACUACGGCAUGCCAGAGCGAAUUCACAGUGAUCAAGGUCGGGACUUUGAGUCCGCUCUCAUCAAAGAACUUUGCCAACUGUUGGGGAUAAAGAAAACUCGAACUACCCCUUACCACCCUCGUGGUAAUCCUGUCGAGAGGUUUAACCGAACUCUCCUGGAGAUGCUGGGAACCUUGCAGGAAGAAGACAAAGUCAAGUGGCGUGAUUUCGUACAGCCUUUGGUUCACUCCUAUAACUGUACCAAAAAUGACACAACAGGUUUCUCUCCUUACCAGUUAAUGUUCGGGAGGCAGCCAAACCUUCCCAUUGAUGUGGCAUUUGGACUCAGUCCAGAAGGACAGAAGAAAGUCACUCAUACAGAUUAUGUGAAAAAACUGAGAGAAAAUUUACAGGAAAGCUAUAAGCUUGCGAUUGAACACAGUGAAAAGACUGCACAACGCAACAAACAGAGGUAUGACUUCAAAGUCAGGGAGUCUAUCCUUGAGAUAGGAGACCAUGUAUUGAUCAAGAAUGUUGCUAUGCAGGGUAAACACAAGAUAGCAGACCGGUGGAGUAGUACUGUGUACAAAGUUGUGAAGCACAUCGACGAUUCCCCAGUCUACGUUGUAGCUCCACUCACCUCUGAUGGUCCAGAGAGGAUAUUGCAUCGGGAUUUGCUGUUGCCCUGUGGAUUCUUGGCUCCAUCCAUUCAAGAGGAAGUAGAUCAGGUAAAGGAAAAGAAAGGAAGAGCUCAAACUCCUCAUGAACAAGAAGCAUCUCAAGAGAGUUGUGAACCAGGGCAACAGUUCCAAAGUGAAGAAAUGAGACACUACUACCCACAGGCUGCUCAGGAACCCAUUACAUUUCCCACAGUAACCAUUAUCCAUGAGACUCCUCACAUACAAGUUGCCCCAACUAUGGAGGAUGAUGAUGAAAUGAACACUGAGGGAUCAAAUCUGAAUCCAGAAGCUGAUGAAUUCCAGCCCAUGAGAAACCUGGAAGAAGAUAAUAUUGAAAAAAAUGAAAACUUACCUGCUGAAAAUGAUCCUGGAAUUGGAGAUGAGUCAGUCCAAAGUGAGUCCGAGAGAGAGAUCACAAAUGGAGAAAAUGGACAAAAUAUGGAAGAGAACGAUGAUGAAGUGAUAAUGGAGGAGGGAUGUGAAAUAGAUGGACAAGAUGAAGAUGAUUCUAAAGUUGAUGACAAACCUAUUCGGAAGGAAACAGAGUGUCCUGAGCUCAGACGGUCAACAAGACAAAGGACCGAGCCUGACAGACUGACAUACAACUCACUGGGUAAUCCACUCUUGUUAGUCAUGCACUCUAUUCUGACCAGUCUUGACCAGGUUUUCACACGAGCUCUUGAUUCUUCUCCUACCACUGACGUUAAUCAACUUACUCCUUGGUAAUAGGUUAGACAUGCAGGGACGCAUGCCCAUUCAGGAGGGGAGGAUGUAACACCCAUAAAAAUUUGUGUGGGAGCACCAGCAUUUAAAGGGUUCACUGGGUGUAAUUCCUCCAUUCCUCCAAUAGAGUGUGCAGUAGCUCUAGGAAUUCCUUCUUUUUCCUGAGACGAGAGACGUGUUUUUUUUUAAAUGAUGUUUUAGCGCUGGAAACUUGUUCAAAAAGUUAAGUUCAAGAAAUGUUGUCAGGAGUUUUUGGGAAUCUGGACACUUUUUCCUCUGACCAAAGCAGAGUGGGACCGCUGAUAACCUUCUUUUUGAUUGUUUUGAGCUCCGGUUGGUUUUUGGUGUAUGUUUCUAAAGUAGAUGCUGAACGAACGGCGAGCCAAAUCCCAGUGAGCAUCAGAUGAAGAGCAGAUCAGCACGGAGGAGAGUGUGAGAUACAACUUUGCUCCGUUGUGCAACGAAAGAAAAGGAACUUGGAUCAAACUCUGGAAUUCAGCUAAGACACUACAACAAACUCAUUACAACCCGGACGGGUGUAUGAACUGAACUGAACCCACACACAUUAUUUUAUUUCUUCUUUUUUUUUCCAAAUCAAUUUAUAUAUACUACUGUUAUUUUUCUUGUUCAUCAAAUGUUUAUAUGUGCUGGUAUUUUGCUGUUGAUGGUAUAGAAUGAGUUCAUUUUUAAGAAGUGUUAAAUUAAAUGUUAAAUGAAAUCUGUUGAAACAAAAUAUUGUCCCUUUUCAAUUAUCCUCCUUGAGCGAACCUAACGUUGCCGUUGCCAGAGAUUUGGCCAUUAGAUCAUAAACUGUUUUUUUUUUCUGGGAGCAAACUUUUGUAUUGGAAAGACAGAAAUCUUUACUUUCUUUGCCACGUUUAAUUCAUUCGUGCUACAAUAAGUACAGAUAAUAUUUACAGUAUUUACACCCGAACACAGGACUAACUUUGUCAUUACUACUGCAUACUGUUAUAGAUUAGGAAGUAUUUAUCAAGUCAAAUCGUACAAAUAUCACUGAGUAUCAAACACAAUCUAUACGAGUUGAUUUGUUUUCACUUAACGCAGUCUGCCUAUGUGUUUUUUUUCUUUUUUUUAAGAUUAAAACCAUUGGUUUCCUCCUCCAAAGCUGAAAUAUUCACGUUUGGUCAUCAGCCUUCAGUGGAAGAAAUUGCGAGACGGAGAAUGUUGUCUAGUUGUCUGAAGAACACACACAACACAUUGCAGACCUUUUUAGUUUCCUUGUUUUUAAUAUCUAUCACAAAGAAAUUGAACUAUAACAAAUGUGUGUUUCAAAUCACAUACUUCUGCGUCUGCUUCUCUUUUACAUUUAGCAGAAAUGGGACAGAAAACGAUGAGCCAAUCCAAAUAUACACUUCAUUUUCAAUCAUCGUUAUGCAGCCUGAACAGAUUCUACAACUCUGAAUUCAUCAAUUAAAUAACAGGAAUAAUUCAAUCAUUCCACAAAUCAAUAUCUGCCCACUGGAUUUUUUUGGCAGUGAAUUCACCUCAGAAGCAAAAUAAAGUAGCUGCAGAAUAUAAACGCCAAGCCAGCAAGAAAAACAGGCCGAUCCCCAAACCUGGAGGAAAAUAAAAAAUCUACCUCACAGUCUGUUUGUAAAUAAACACAUGAACAAGUUUCUGUAAAUGUUUUUAUGUCACAAAUCUUAUAGUUCUCAGAAUAAUUUUUCAGAUGGCAGUGAACUGAUUUUGUCAUUGCCUCAGUGUCGCUGUUAAAUUUCAGGUAAUCAUAAGCAUGUCAAAGAACACCUGUGUUUACAAAGCAUCAUUAUCAGAGGGUUCUUGAAUGCAUCAUGAUUACAUUAAUAAUAGAAAAGUGAAAGUGAAGGUGUACUAACAGCAGCAAAGACACGCCGAAGACAAAGAUUUUCUCUCAGAUAUGAAUGUUAUUUGAGUCCAAAUUUAAACUAUGACAUGCACAGCCUGCAGUUAGAUGAACUGUCCUCACUCAGAGCCACAAUGGGAAUGGUGCAUUUGUGGUUUGUGAUGCUGUGUGUGUCAUCAUGCACUGCUGCUUCUGGUUCAGACGGUCUUGUGGUCGGUUCUAAUGACUCGGUGCCUCACAGCCGCACUGGAAGCAAACCCCUCUUAUCAGCAGUGUGGAAAGAUAAUGACAUGGUGAACCUGAGCUGUGAGUCUGAAGGCUGGUAUCCAUAGC